AUGUUGAGCCCUACCUUUGUUCCUUGGGAUGUUGGAUAUCCCCUCUACACCUAUGGAUCCAUCUGUAUUAUUGCAUUAAUCAUCUGGCAAAUGAAAAAGAGCCGCCAAAAAUUAAGGCUGGAACCUAACAGGAGCUGUUACCGGUGUCACCGCAGAAUCAAACAAAGGUCUAGAGAGAGAACAUCAAGAGCUAGGAGAACUUCCCAGAAAGAAGCCGAGAAGCUGCAGGAGCUGCUCUCUGUCAUGAAAAGCCAAGGCUGGCUUCCUCAGGUGGAAGGUGUGCGGCGGCUCCUGUGUACAGAUCCCUGCUGUCAAAUCUGCAAUGAUGUGGCUCUGGAGAUUCAGCAGUUGCUGGAGGGUGAGAACAACCAGAACUCACCUACUUUAUUGGGGCAAACUCAGGGCUCUUCUCACCUAGAUACUUUGUCCAUGUCUGGUGAGUCCUUUGAGCCGAGUCUGGAGCUGGGUUCCCAGAGCUCCAGAGCAGUUUCGCCGGCAUUUAUAACCCCAAUACCGACACAAUUAAUGGAUCAGAAACCUUUAACCCAGUCAGCAGACCAGUCAACCGGUGCAGUCAAUGUCCAAGAUUGCUGGACUGAUUACCUUCAGCAAGGGCAGAAAUUUCAAGUUUCAGAUGUGUCUGAGGUCAUGGGAUUGCUGCCUCCUUCAAGCUUAAAGGAGCCCGGGAUUUCUCCGAACCAGCAGGAGACGAGGAAGAAAAAGUCCCAAUUUGUCCUGGAGAACCAAGAAGCUUCAGAAGUUGGCUUGGGAAAUAAGAUGAAGAUCUUUCUGCACUGGAUUAACCCCGAAAUGAAAGGUCAAAGACCUGAGGAAUCCAUUCUCCUCCCUAAGGCUGAGACAUUGGCCAAAGCCAAGACAAAAAACGUUGAGAAGAGUCUAUCCCUCCCCAAAGACCCUGUGGGGGGUGCUAACUCGGAGAAGACGACAGAGGACCCUGAGGCCCAGCUUCCCCCUCCUGAUGAGGAAGGCCUGACCUUCUGUGAUGCCCCCCAAUAUUGA